GCGCGUCCUGCCGGUGCGGCUGCAAGGAUGGCGAGGGAGGACGACGGCCCGGAGUUCGUGAGGUGGAGGGAGGAGUUCCUCUCGCAGGAGAAGGGCAGCCGCGUCGUGCAUUACUACCUGGAGGACGCCGCGGGCGUGCCCCACCUCGCGGUCGUCGGCAAGGAGCGGAGCCUGCGCCACAUGCUCUACGUCGUGUCCGAGGACUUCCAUGGCCCGGAGGGUUCCGGCGGCGCUGAUGGGCAGGGGAUGUUCGCCCGCAAGUGGCGCUCACGCCGUGAGGUGGUGGACUGGCUCGAGUCUUUCCUUCCGGCCAAGACCCUCACCUCAAAUUUUUCAAAGUUUGGACCUUCUAUGGGCAAUGAUGUCGGAUUAGAUGGAUACAGUGAAACUGGUAGCUUUGUAUGCCACAAUCUGGGAACAACUUGCAGUUCUGAUAUUAUGUGGUCUGGUCCGUUCUGGACCUGUAGCAAGCAGCUUCAGCACUAUCAAGCCUUUUGUCGUAAUGGAACCACAAUAUCUACCCACUCUUUUGCGCUUGUCAUGUCGGAGGAGGAAAAUCGCUAUCUCGCAUACUUGGAGGAUAUGUAUGAAGAUAAGAAGGGACUUAAGAAGGUUAAAGUGCGUUGGUUUCACCAGAACCAGGAAUUUGCUUGUGCUAUACCUCCUCCUGCUCCUCAUCCUUGUGAAGUUUUCAUCACUUCUUAUUCUCAAGUAAUCAGUGUCGAGUGUGUUGAUGAUAUUGCAACAGUUUUAACCCCCGAGCAUUAUGAAAAAUGUCUGGACACAUUGCCAAAUUGUUCUUUGGUGGGGAUGCGUUUCUGCUUUCGUCAGUACAGCAAAAAUAAAUUUAAGCACUUUGACUUGAGAACAUUGCGUGGAUAUUUUAGUCAAGCUGCUGUUUUGUCCUUGAAAGUUUCACCCGAGAAAGAAAAGGAUGGAUCUGAUAUCAUAAGGGUAGUCAAACAUUGCUCACCUGGGAAAACCAAGUUUUCGAAGGAGUUUGAGAGGCUUUAUUCAAAAUGUUUGGGUACCAAAAUCUGCCGAGGCCCACAAGCAGAUUCUAUACCAUCUUAUCAGAAGCUAAAUAAUAAGCAAUCUCCUGGAAAACAUAUCUCAGUUAAGUUUAUAGGCCCCCAGAAUCAGCAUGUGCCAACCUACAGUGUUGGCGACAAGAUAGAGGUCUUGUCUCAGGACAGCGGCAUUGUAGGCUGCUGGUUCAGGUGUACAGUUCUGAAGCCAUGUACUAGUCAUAACAAACUGAAGAUCCAAUAUGAUGAUCUCCAGAAUGCUGAUGAUUGUGGUAGACUGGAGGAGCGUGUACCUGCCUCUACAUUGGCUCUUCCUGAUAAACUUGGACUAAGAUGCCCAGGCAGGCUCAGAAUCAGGCCACGUCCUCAACAAAAUACUUUGGUUGAUAACACUGCUCUUUUACCUGGAAGUGCUGUUGAUGUCUGGCAGUUCAGCGGCUGGUGGGAAGGAAUUGUCGUCAGUGCAGAUUCCAGUUCAUCUGAUAGUCUGCAAAUAUAUUUCCCAGGUGAAAACUUUUUUCGUGUAUGCCAGCUAAAUGACACAAGAAUUUCAAAAGAUUGGGUCAAGAGCCGCUGGGUACAUAUAGAAAGGAAGCCAGAUGUGUUGUCAAGAAUACCUUCGGUUCGUGUGCAAACUAAGCAACCUGAUAACGUGACAUCCACUGGUGGUUUGGACUCUAAUUCUGCAAUGUCUGACAAAGAGGCCACUGCUGUGCAAACAAACUCCAGUGGUGAUAGACAGACAGGGGUUGAUGCACAAACCGAGGUUAGUUUGAAUGACAAGGCCUCUGCUUCUAUAGAGGAUGAUGAGAAGCAAACAAUAUUGCAGAAGCAGCCGAGGUGCAAUGAUGCUGAAGAUGACUGCAACGGUGAAGAAACUGUGGCUGAUACGCGAACUGAGGUUAGUUUCACUGAUGCGGGUUCUGCAGCUGUAGAGGAUGAACAGCAAACGAUAUUAGGGAAGAGGCUAAGGGAUGAUGCUGUGGAACAAAACUGCAAUGGGCAAGUGUUCACUGAUAAGCGGCCUGCUUUAGAUGAGGAGGAGCAAAAGAUAUUACAAAAGCGACCUAGGGAUGAUAAUGAUGCUGAAGAGCACUGCUACGAUGAAGUAUUUAGUUUAACUAAUACGGCUUCUGCAGCUGUAGAGGAUGAAAGGCACACGGUAUUAGGGAAGUGUCCUAGGGAUGAUGCUGUGGAACAAAACCACAAUGGGCAAGUGUUCACUGAUAAGAGGUCUGCUUUAGAUGAUGAGGAGCAAAAAAUAUUACGAAAGCGACCUAGGGAUGGCGAUGAUUCUGAACAGCGCUGCAAGGAUGAAGUAUUUAGUUUGACAAAUAAGGCAGCUACUCCUGUAGAGGAUGAGAAGGAAACAUUACUAGGGAAGCAGCCAAGGGAUGAUGGCUCUGAACAGCACUGCCGUGACGAAGUAUUCAGUUUGACUGAUAGGGCCUCUGCUUCUGCGGAGGAUGAGAAGCAAACAGUAUUAGGGAAGCGGCCUAGGGAUGAUGAUGAUGAUGAUGAACAAGACUGUGAAGGGGAAGUAGGUGUAGAUGUAGAUGUCAGCAAGUCGUGAAGUUUGGGAAGCUCAGACUUCAUUGGACUCGAUGUACAUAGCUAUAGAUAUGGUAAUUAACCCCAGUGGUGGGGUUUUACUACUAGGUCGCGGAUAGCAGAGUUUGCCGACUUCACGACAUCUCUUACACAUAUUUUACCUAGCUUGUGUAUUUUGCUCCUACUAGUUUGUCUCGUAUCUGUCCCCAGAUAUAUGGAUUGCAGACCAAACAGUGCCCUUGACAGUCGUAUUGUAUAGUGGUAUGAUCUGAUUGGUCUUUUGCUUCAAGUUAAUCCUCCUCGGUUGCAUAA